CUCCUUUACAUCCAACCUCACUUUUCUCAUCUCGUCCCAGCUUCUUUCUCUGUCUGUGCCUUGCCGGCACCGGCUUUAAUGGCAAACCAUUUCUAAAGAAUUUUAAGGGAAAAAAAGGGUGAAAAUGUAUACGUUAGUCUCAACCAAAGUUCCCGUCAUCUUUCAGAUAAAAGAAUCCGGCGCUACAAAGUCUUACAGAAGAAAACUCAAAAUCAGGGCAACUUCAGAUGGCCUUGAUACACAGACCAUUGAAGAACGCGGAGGAGACCAAGAGCCAAGCAAAGGAGGUAGCAGUGAUUCCACCCCGACUACUGCUUCAUCUUCUGCUCCGGCAAUCGAUAAAGACAUAAAAAAGGUUGUUCAAAAGACUGCUGCAACUUUUGCGCCUAGGGCUUCCACCGCAACAAAGAAUCCUGCAGUACCUGGCACUGCUUUGUACACUGUUUUUGAAGUUCAAGGUUAUGCCUCAAUGUUGGUUGGUGGGGCACUUUCCUUCAAUUUCAUAUUUCCAUCAAAUGAACCUGACCUAUGGAGAUUAAUGGGGAUGUGGUCUAUUUGGAUGUUCACAAUACCUUCCCUUCGAGCGCGAGACUGCUCAAAGAAUGAGAAAGAAGCUCUCAACUAUCUUUUUCUUCUCAUCCCAUUACUCAAUGUUCUUAUUCCAAUAUUUUGGAAAUCCUUCUCAGUCGUCUGGUCUGCAGAUAUCAUAGCCUUCUUUGGGAUGUAUGCUUGGAAGCUUGGCUGGUUGCAGAAGUCAGAAUAGAUGCAGGAUGCAGCGAGUUGUGUUCAUUGUCAGAAGGUGUCUCAUCAUUUGGCUCCUCUUUGCUUGGCCAACGUGAAGUCACUUAUGCAGCAAUGCUCUAGUAAGACUAUCAAAUAGAAGCAGCUGGGGGAAAGAGAGGGGGGGGCGGGGGGGAGUUCUUUUAUUAAUGGGUUUAGUUCUUGAUGGAUAGGCAAUUAGAGGGUCUUUGGUGCCACUAAAUUACUGAUAGAAAAAUCACUUGGGAGAAUGUAAGACUGAUAUAACUAUCAUAUUGAACAAAUGCAUUCAUCAAUCAAGUGCUAUUUGAAA